AUGGUCGACGCUGGGCAUCUCACGACGGUGGAAAAACCCAGGUCGGUCUGCGACCUUAUUGAGAAGUGGGCGGGCAGGAACCCCAGCCACACUGCUAUCCUGUGCGAAGAGGGUAGGAGGGUAUCGUAUCGGGAUCUGGACGAUGCAGCGUGUCGCAUCGCCUGGCUCCUGCAGCAGAAGGGGGUACGGUCGGGGGAUCUGGUCCCAGUGCUGGCGACACGAAGUCCCGAGAUGAUAGCAAGCUUUCUGGGAAUCCUCAAGGCGGGCGCCUGUUAUGUGCCCAUCGACAUUGAGGCCUGGAGUGAGGACCGUAUCGAGUCGACCUUGAGAAGAGUUUCGGCGCGGGUUGUUGUGGAUCUGGGCGGCCGCUCCGGAACCCUACCAGACUGCGACUUGGUGUCCUGCCACGAGGUGGAGGCGGCGUUCUGGCCUGCAGCAGCUGGGCAGGAGCCCGGGCCGGAGCCCGGGCGGGAGCUCGCUCAAUCCCAGAUACGGCCGGAAGACCUAGCAUACAUCAUCUUUACAUCGGGAACGACGUCGACUCCCAAAGGCGUCAUGAUCCCGCACCGCGCAUUGCUGAACUACGUGCAGCAAGGCGACGAGGAGGCGCCCUUCAACGCGAAUGCCACACCGGAAGAUAUAACGCUGCUGAUAUUCUCGCCCGGCUUUGACGCUUGUACCGGCCUGGUCUUCUCGACGCUCUGCAACGGGGCCCAGGUCAUGAUACCGAGUAGUGCCGACUUCCUGGGCUGUGUGACCCGCGUCACCAUCCUAACCGCCACUCCGUCAGUCCUGGCGGCCAUACAAGAUCCUCAGACCUGCCCAAAGCUCAGAACCAUCGUGCUAGGUGGCGAAGCACCGCCGCCGUGGCUGAUUCGCAAGUGGUGGGCUCCAGGCCGCAACAUAUACAACGCGUACGGACCCACCGAGACAACUAUUUGCUCCUCAAUAGGCAGAGUCUAUCCUGACAAGUCCAUCACCCUCGGCCGCUCAAUGUCUAACAGUCGUGUUCUACUGCUCGACGGGGAGGCCGAGUCUGACCAGGGCGAGAUCUGCAUAACGGGGCCCGGCCUGGCGUUGGGGUACUACCAGGACGAGAUGCGGACGGCCAAGGCGUUUGUGUACUGGCGGGGUGAGAGGAUGUACCGGACAGGAGAUUUCGCGCGACGGACGGAACACGGGCUCGAGUUCGCCGGGCGAGCGGACAGCUUGGUCAAGAACCGCGGCUUCCUCGUAAAUCUCGAGUCCGAGGUCAUCCCCAUGCUUCUGGGGAUGGGCGCGGGCGUGCUGACGGCUACUGCUUUCAUGCAUCGCAACCGGCUGGUGGCGUUUGUCACGCCGGAUAGCCUCGACACGCUAGCCUUCCGCCAGAUAUUAUCGACAAAGCAUGACACCUUCCUAGUGCCGGAUCAGAUCUACGCCAUGGAAGCUCUCCCACUGACGGUGAACGGCAAGGUCGAUAACCGCGCCUUGCAGCAACUGCUAGAGGCGGAGGCGGCCUUGGACAAAGACAACAACGACGACGCCGAGGUGUCGCCGCCCGGUGACGACAAAUCAAAGAUGGCGAUACUAAAGGCAGCCAUCACGGCCGCAACUUUGCUGCCUGCCUCCGAGGUGGCCAGCGACCGUCCCUUCUGGGAACUGGGAGGGAAUUCCCUCGCGGCGCUGAAAGUGCUGUCGUAUCUGCGAAGGAGAGGGCUUAUGCUCAGCAUCAAGGCACUCUUCGACCUCCCCAACCUAAGCGCCGUGUGCGAUGCCAUGCAAGUAGUCGACCCUGCUACUGCCGAGAGAGAAGAGACCUUCGGUGAUGGGGAGGAGGACCAGGACCAGGACCAGGAGGCAUCCACAGCACCCAUGACCGCUCUCCAGGUCAAGAUGCUCGAAGCCAGCUUGAGGACGCCUGGGGCCAACUACAUGCUCCUGCGUAUCCACCUGGCGCACCCGGGGGCCAACCUCGACCGGGUCAGCCUGAGAGAGGCAUGGCUGCGCGUGCUGCAACGGCACGCGAUCUUCCGCACCGCCUUCUCGCUCAGGGAUGAGCUGCAGCAGGUGCUGCCGAAGCUGGAACUAGACUGGAGCGACGAGGAAACCACAACGGACCAAUUGGACGCCGUCGUCCUCGGGCACUCGCUCGAAAUUCGCAGCAGGAUGUUAUCUGUGGACGAACAGAGCGAGAGCUUCGUCCCGGUGAACGCGUUCCGUCUGAUCACCGUGCCCGGACUGGGUUCGACACUGCUGACUUCGGCGCAUCACGCCCAAGCCGAUGGCUGGUCGCUGAGCAUCGUCUUGGACGAGGUGCGCUCCGUCUUGGACGGCAAGGUGCCGCUACCGAGCCGCCGUCCUCCUCAAUUCGCGAGCGUUGCACUGGCCCAGAAGCAACAACAGAUCAAUCCCGAGGGCGUAGCCUUCUGGAACGACAUCCUGCAGGGUCACGCGGCACUCCCGAGACUUAGUCUCCCUAAGCCACUAGCAGACAGCACCACCGGACCGUCCGACGAGUGGACCAGCAGCUUGGAGAUCGCUUUGGGACUUGAUGGAGCACGGCUAGAAGACGGAGCGCGCGUCCUGCGAGUCACGCCAUCGAGUCUGGUCUACGCGGCAUGGGCUCUGGUGCUCUCCAACUACACUUCCUCGGAACGCGUGGCCUUUGGCGCCGUCUUCUCGGGCCGCAACCUCAUGGCGGUGCCGGGGGUCGAACGCGUGGUGGGCCCGCUGCUCAACACGGUGCCGUUCCCCGUCACCUUCGACGAGGAGCGGCGACCGACGAUAGCGACCACCGUAUCCGACAUCAACAGUCAGCUCCUGCAGAUGCUCGAGUACCAGUGGUCCGCUACCGAGGCCACGGCAUCGAUGGCCGGCGAGAGCAUCAACGGCGCCUUGCAGAGCAUCGUCGUGACUGAGUACGACCUCCCACCUCUCCCGGAGUCGUGGACCGUCGAGCGCCAAGAUUUGAUGGAAUUCGGGCUGUCCCUGUUGCUUGAGAGAGACGACAACGACAGUAGCAGCGGCGGAGCAGGCUUGCGUGCUCGAGUUCUCUUUGACAGUUCGCGCUACGCGCCGUCGGGCAUCCGCCGGCUCUUGUCGCACUUCAAGAACGCGCUGCGCGAGCUGAUGAAUCCGCAUAACGAAUACAUCCAGAGCGUGCGAGCAAAGCUCAUGGACGAAGACGAGAAGUCGUCUCUCAUUCGGCUCCCAGCCGCCGCAACGGCUAAUGUCGAUAAGGGGGCCUACACAGGUCCGACGACGGUCAAGGACGCUUUCGAGGCUGCGGCCGACCAAUGGCCGGAUCUAUGCGCUGUCGAGUCCGCUCGGCACGGUAGCAUGACGUACCGCGAGCUGGAUCAGGCGUCCAAUAAGGUGGCCAGAUGGCUGAGGCAGUCGUUGACCGAGGGAAAACGGCCGCAAGACGUCGUCGUGGGCAUCCUAACCGACGGCUCGCUCCACUGGGUCGUGAGCAUUCUGGCCGCAUUCAAAGCCGGCUGCGUGUGCUGUGCUAUCGACAUCAGUCUCCCUCCUAAGCGCAUUGAAACUGUCGUCGAGCAGAGCGGCGCUUCCGUCUUUCUAGCUGCGAAUCAGGUCUGUGCGCAGGUGCUGCAUAGAAAAGACAGUGGUGGCACUGUGGUCAUCGUGGUAGAUGAGUUCCUAAAAGUCUCGCCAACUGCUACUCCUACCGGCCCACUCGAGACGGCGACCCAGGCCAAAGACACAGUCUAUCUCGUCUUCACGUCCGGAAGCACGGGAGUCCCAAAGGGCGUCCCGUUGCACAACAUGAGCAUCCUCUAUGUCAUAGACAACCCACACGUGCGGCUGUUCGCGGCUCCCGGGCGCCGAAUUGCCCAGCUCUUCGGUUUAGGCUUCGAUGUAGUCCUCGUCGAGCUUUUUGGCUCGCUAUGCUACGGCGCCACCCUAGUGCUCAAAGAUGCCGCCGACCCGUUCGAGCAUCUCGGGCGCGUCCACGCGACCAUGGCGACGCCGUCGCUCCUGUCGGCCUGUUCGCCCGAUGAUUACGGUAAUCUGGACACGAUAGCAUUGGCGGGUGAGCCUGUGCCGCAGAGCCUGGCCGAUGCGUGGGCUGGCCGAGUGCACUUGAUGAACCUUUACGGUCCGAGUGAGUGCGGACCCAUAUCCACAGGAACCCGUCUCUUGCCCGGCGAGCCAGUCAGCAUCGGGCGGCCUCUUCCGCAGUUGAGCGUCUACGUGCUAGACCAUCGCAUGUGCCCUGUGCCACCGGAAGUCACAGGCGAGAUAUACAUCUCGGGGGAUCAGAUGACACGCGGGUACUGGAACGAUUCGGCCGAGGCCCAGUCCAAGGCCCUCUUCGUUCCCAACCCUUUCUCCUCGCGACCGGAGCAGCAACUCAUGUACCGCACCGGUGAUCUGGGCUUCUGGAAUCCAGACAUGACGCUGUGUUACGUGGGACGCCUCGACAACCAGGUCAAGGUGCGCGGUUUCCGCAUCGAGCUCGAGGAGAUCGAACGGGCCCUCGUCGCCGUGGGCGGAGGCAAAGUGCAGAGUGCCGCAGCCGUGACCAUCUCGGGGGGGCAUUCCGACGGCGCGCGCAUCGUGGCGUUCGUUACCCCCGAAGUCGUCGAUACGGCAGCCUUGCGUGCAGGUGUCGCAACCCUGUUGCCGAGCUACGCUCGUCCGGCUCGUAUCGUAUCCGUUGCAGAGCUGCCCAAGUCGGCCAACUUCAAAGUAGACCGGAAGGCGCUCGCGUCGCUUGCCGCUUGCUCGCGAGCUGAGGAAGCUGACAGCAGCGACGGGGUCAAUGAUUUUUCCACAGGGCCGCUGACGCCCACCGAGAAGCUGGUUGCCGAGACUUGGAAGGAGCUUCUCGGUCUCGGCGACGACGCGCGUGUUCGCAAGGACGACGACUUCCUCGCCUUGGGGGGAAACUCGCUGCUGGCCAUCCGGGCAGCCCGUCGGAUCGCAUCGUCGAUUGACUAUCACGUUCCCGUAGCGCUGCUCAUCCGCGAGACGGUCCUCGAGGCGCUGUCGAGGGCCAUCGACCAGCAUCAUGCCGCUCAGCCGACCGCUGCCGGCGACUCGUUUUCCUCCUACUGGUCGUCGGCCCGGCGAGCAGCUCUGGCUGCCGAUUACUCGUCCACGGCGCUUCCCAUGUCACACCUAGAGGCGGACAUGUACCAUGCGCACACCGUCUCGGACACCAGGUCGGCCUUCAACACGACGGUACAGUUGGUCCUCCAAGGGCAUGUCGACACCGAGGCCCUCGCCGAAGCCUUCACAGCCAUUGUGCGCGAAAACCCCAUACUCCGAUCUCGUUACGUCAUUUCCAAGGGGCAGCCCGCCCGGCUUGUCAGCCCAGAGGCUUUGGCGCCGCAAUACUACGUGGACGACGAGCUGAAUCCCGAGAGACUGAGGGCUUGGGUUGGGAAAUCUUUCGACUUGGCACGGGACCAGUUGUUCAGAGUGGUCAUUUGGACUCGGAACGGGGGAGAUGAAAGAGCAGGGCCGGAGACGGACGUAGUCAUGGUCACGCACCACAUAAUCACGGACAAGGCCUCCCUCGCACUCAUGCUGCAGUUGGUCGGUCGUAAAUACCGAUAUCUCACAGGCUCGGAAGAAUGGCCGGCGACGAAUGGCCACGAAGACUCUUCCCAUGCCGAAAGCAGCUGCUAUCCAGCAGCAGGAGACGCCACCUACAUCGACUGGGCACAGUGGCUUCAACUUCGCCAAGAAAGUGCUGCUCCCAAAUCGCAGCUGCACAAGAAGGACCACAUCCAGUUCUGGAAGCAACAUCUGGGAGGAAUGCAACCGAUUCCACACCUUCAUCGCUCCGAAUCUCGAGGAAAAGAUAACGGUUCGACCCGGUCUAUUAGCAUCCCAUAUCUCGACGCAGCAUCUGUGCCAAGACUGUCAGGCCAGCAACAGCUCUAUUCUCAGCGUCUAGCCGUAGCCGCCACGGCACUCGCUCUGCGCGCCGUGUAUGGUUCCUCGGACAUGGUGCUUGGCCUGCCAUACAUGAACCGCGACGAACCCGGCACGGCCGACAUGCUGGGAUUAUUCGUCGAUCAACUACCCAUAAGGCUGGUGCUCGGCGACGACGGAAACCUCGCCAGCGCCUACGCGCUGCUCGACGCGGUCGCGGCCGAGAUCAACCUAGCCAUCGACCACCAGCUGCCGUACGCGCAGAUACGAUCGGCUACGACACCAGUACCACCAAAGGAUGAGAACAUGAUUGUGGACGAUAAUAUUGUAGACGUCAUGGUUCUCUAUCACUGGCAGUCAGACGCACUCGAGAAGUCUCUAUCUCUUGGGCCGGGCGUGCGAAUCUACGCGAAGAGCGCAGACUACGGUGCUGCCAAGCCAGCAGGCGCCCUGUUCCCGCUGCUGCUGGAGUACAGCGAGCUGGAGGACGGCAGCCUGCACGUCGAGAUCGAGUAUAGCACGCGGGUGGUCUCGUCCGAGGGAGUUACCGCACUCGCGUCAUUCCUGCCGACGGUCGUGCAGGCGCUUGCGCGGCGAACGAUGCCAGAACCAAGCAUCCCCUCCCCUUUUUCAGUAUGA